AUGUUGGCUUGUGCUGUGCAAGCGCCGAUGACGGCAAGCAACUUCAUAAUAGUAGAUGGAAUUUUGCGGCCGGCCGGUGGUGGCCGAUCAAAUUUCGAAGACCGCCGUGGAUACUACGGAUACCACGAAAAUCCGCCGCAUCGAGGAUUUUACGAUAAUUCGUACCAGAAUUACGAGCGAAGGGGGAAUUCUUAUGGAGGUCGCAAUAACAACGGUCAGCAGCGACGUGUUGGGAAUCGACCGCAGUGGAUGACGAAUGACGGAAAUCCCCUUUCUGGCCGUGAUCAAAACGAAGCUAGCCAACAGAAGCUCACUUUCAAUGGAGAAUUCGAUUUUGAGACUGCGAACAACGAAUUUGCCACUUUGAAAGAGAAGCUUUCCGAGCUAAAGAUCAAUAAUGACCAAAUAGACGCGCCAUCUGAUGAUCAGUCGUCUACUACGAAGCCUGAAGAAACGGAAAAGGAAGUUCAAGAGCAGACUCAACCAGCCGAGGAGACUGAGAAGGAAAACGUCGACGAUGAGAAGCCCGAGGAGAAUAAGGUGGAGGAGAAAUCGACCGAUGACAACGUGUACAUCUCUGAGGUUCAAGGGAAUGACGAGAACCAGUCCAUUAAGAGGUGUUAUGAUAGGACAUUGAGCUUCUUCGACAAUUUGUCAAACGUGCCUCCGAAAUCGAAUAACACGGAUCGUAACCGCGAAGUGAAACUGAACUUGGAAACCUUCGGAGAACGUGGACGAGCUCGAGGCAGACGCCGGGGAUACAAUGUGAACAACGCAUCCAGCAAUUACAACCGCAAUUCCGGUAAUUACGGAUUGCGCGGGGAUUUCUUGCACGUCAACAAUUACCGUGGGAUGGGGGGAUUUUACAACGUGUUCCGAGGCUAUUCGAACCGUGGAAGCUCUGCCUCGGGAGACUACCGCUCCCGCAGGUUUGCCGGAGGCAGUUCCGGGUCUUAUUAUCGUCGAGGAUUGCGCUAUUAGAAAGGCCAUCUAUCCCGACUUCGAUGCGAUGCUGUUUUCUUGAAAAGGAUUAAGGAUGAAUUGUCAGCCAUCGGCGAGUCAAAAUCUUCGGGAAAGCGUUGGAAUUAUGAACCAGAAGAUCGAACCUCGGGUUUGCUGGCUUUGGGCUUUUACUUACCGGGAUUGUUACGUUUAUCAGGGAAUUAAAAGCUCAAAUGGAGAGAA